UCGAUUUUGGUAUUGACGAAAAAGCUGUACACAGGGAAGAGAGAGAAACCAUUUCUUUUGAAACAAACCUUAAUUAGAAAACAGGGAAGAGAUAAGAGUUAGGCGAGGAGGAGGAGGAAAGAAGCCAAGCUACCGGCGGCAGCGAUUUGAAAUCUCCGGUUUCGUUCACUGGCCGUGAAAACGACGACAGGCGUAAGGAGAAAAUGGUGAUUACGUCGUGGCCGCUGAGGUCUGAGGCUUGAGGAAGAAGAAAAAGGAAGAAUAUUGUAAUGGCGGGGAAGAGAAGAGGUCAUGUCCACAAUGCUCCUUCCAACGACGAGACCAUGUUUCCUUCUCAGGAUCCUAAACCCAAGAGGAUCUACCAACUCUGGCCCGGUAACAAUAGAUUUUGUUGCGGAGGGAGACUAGUCUUUGGUCCAGAUGCAUCUUCACUUCUUCUCACCACAUCUAUGAUUGGAGCUCCUGCUCUCACUUUCUCCAUUCGAAUGGCUUUCAUGAUCACAAAGAGCUUUCCUUUGUUCCACUCUCUUAUACUAAUGGGUUCCCUUUUGCUCACUGUCUUGGAUUUCACAUUCCUCUUCUUAACGUCCUCAAGAGACCCCGGGAUCAUCCCUAGAAACAAAGAAGCACCUGAAUCAGAACCUCUUGACAUUCUCAGCAACACAAAGUUACCUAGAACCAAGGAUGUACUGGUGAAUGGCCGCACAGUCAAAGUCAAAUUCUGUGAGACUUGUUUGCUUUACCGUCCUCCACGCGCCUCUCACUGCUCAAUUUGCAACAACUGUGUUCAAAGAUUUGAUCACCACUGUCCAUGGGUGGGACAAUGCAUCGCUCUAACAACUUAUGAGAAAUUUCGGUACCGAUAUGACAAGAAAGAGAACCCUUACAGAAAGGGUCUCUUCAAGAACCUGUUUGAGGUGUUUCUUUCAAGGAUUCCCCCUCCUAUGAUUAAUUUUAGAGACCGGGCUCAAGAGGAACCUGAUGUGGAGGUUGGAUCCAUUGCAUCUGAGCUAGACAGAGCCUUUGGACCAAGGGGAGAUAAGCAUGAUAUGGAAAUGGAAAUAGGCGAUUUGCUUCUCAAGACACUUGAGUAUGAUGACAACAAGAACAACACCAUCGAAGAAACUGUCAAGAAGAAAAGGGACAGCGUUGAUGUGAGAUCGAGCUAGGACAAAAAAUGCCUGAUUACUUGUUGUAAACUACUCUUAAUUCUAAAGCCAUACACUUUUGUCUUCAAACGAGUAUACUUUCAGGUUCAGAGAAAAAUG